UGUCCCUUUGACCCUGGGCAUUACGGUUGUCCAGGGGAUGAGGGUGCAGCCAUUUGGUAUGACAUCAUCAGUCACUGUAGGGGCUGAUGUGGAUAUCUGCUGGGCACCUUGUCAGUCCAGAACAGCCAGUCAGGUGUUACACAUCUACAGCUUCUGUAUAACAAAACAUGGAUUCUCACAGCUCUCCUGCAGCAAAAGAUAGUAAAUCCGCAGACUCUUCAAAGGAAUCCAAAGAAAAGACAAAGGACAAGAGUGCCACCGGUAGUGAGUGUACAGAUUCCAAUGGUGUAUCACACAAGUCAAAACCAUCCAAAUCAAGUGUUGAGUUGAAGACAAACGGUAACAGUACUGCCCCAAAACGUGAUCUGACAACACCAACUAAAAGUAGCUCUGCAAAGGCAAAACCUGUAGCUCCAACGAAAAAACCAUUGCCAACUCCAUUAAAGAAGGAGAAAACUGAGCCUGUCAAAAAGACUGAGAAGCCAUCAAGGAAUAAGUCAAGUUCGUCAGAAUCUCUUCAAGAAACUGAGGCCAAGUCCAACAAGGAACAGACUACUCCAUCAAAGGACAAAAAAGUAAAAGAAAAAGACAAACCAGUGAGUGACAAGGACAAACCAGUGAAUGAAAAGUCAGUUGGUGGGAAAACUGAGCAGUCUACAUCAGAUUCUCUCAAUUCUUCAAAGUCUUCUUCACCAGCAGUUACACCAAGUCUUCAAACCAGUGCUACAGAUGAUGACCAUUCAGCUAACCACAAAGUAAGACCUAGAGAAACAGUCGAGCAGUUAGAAGAGUCCUCUCCUCACAUCUCUUCUGCCCAAGUCAAUACAAAACACAGUAUGGCCGCCUGUGACCCUCAAACCAUUGGUGAAAUUAACCCAGAGACUACCGAACGCAUGCAAAUUAGUAAAGGCAAGGUAAAGUACAUCAACCUUACCUACAAAAAGGUUGAGGCCAAGAUAUACGACUACAAAUGUGAUGUCAAACUCCUGGUUGGGAAGGAACAUUUCCGUGCUCACAGAGAUGUUCUUUCUGAGGCAAGUGACUACUUUGCAGCCAUGUUCUCACAUGACAUGAAGGAGAAAGGACAGGAUACUAUUGAACUGAAGGAGAUCAGUCCAAAAGGCAUAACUGUGAUGCUCGACUACUUUUACCAUGGUUACAUCACCGUGGAUACCACAAACAUUGAGGAUAUCAUAGAAGCUGCUCGCUUCUUCCAUGUUGAAUGGAUUUUGGAGGCGAGCUGUGAUUUUCUGGUCCAGUGUAUGAGUGUUGAAAACUAUCCAGCCGUCCUCAUGAUGACCGAUAAAUACUCCCUUGGUGAUUUGCGAUUUGAAAUCCUGUUAUUGUUCGGUCAGAAUCUGGAAGCUUUAUCCAAAGAAGAUGAUUUCUACACAAAUCUGAGUUAUGAACUUCUGCUACAGUUUCUCAUGGACGAUAUCUAUACUGAAUGUUCUGAGUAUUUCUUGGUUCAAGUUUUGUUGAAAUGGCUGGCUGUAGAUCCACAUGGACGUAAGGACCAGUUUCAGACCCUCUUGAGGCAGAUCCGCCUCUUUCUGAUCGAAGCAGAAGAUUUGGAGGCACUCCCAGAGGAUGUGACCAGUGUUUCAGAGUUGAAGGAAGAGAUUAAAGCAGCGAUUAAUCACAACCUAAACAUCAUGGGUCAGUGUCUUAAGACUGGAGAAAAGUAUUUCCCCAGAGGAUGUAGGUCUGUUGCCACUAUAUUUUCCUUCACAGAGGAAGGCUAUUUCAUUAUUUACAGAGAUCCAAGCAAGCCUGGCGUUACUGUAGAAGAGCUUGGGCGCUGUGGACUGGACACCACCGACUACAUGGCAAUGUCACAAACAAAGCUUGGCAACUUUCUGUAUGCUGCUGGAGGUUAUGAUGAAAACUUCUCAAGUACGGCUCGCAUGUUUCGAUUUGAUCCCCGGUUCCGUGAUUGGACAGAGGUAAUACCAAUGAAUCAACCUCGUGUCUCUUUCUCUCUGUGCAGCUCUGACCAACAGUUAUUUGCAGUUGGAGGUGUCCAUCGUAUUCACAUCGACGAUGACAAUGAACCUGAGACUAUCCUCGACUCCGUGGAGAUAUACAGUCCACAAGAAAACAAAUGGACCAAUGCCACCACUAUGCCCAUCAAGGUGUUUGACAUGGCUGCGGCCUACCAUAAUGGCUCUCUGUAUGUCUGUGGUGGCAUUAGUGCCGAUGCCCGUCACCCCUGUCCCCUACGUUUACACUAUAGUCUCAAGUUAGAUGGGGAUGAGGAGUGGGUAAAGCGUUCUGACAUGAUCACUUCUCGUCAAGGACACAGCCUUACUCCAUAUAAAGGGAAACUAUAUGCUAUUGGAGGUUACUGCAUGCCAGACAAUAAUUUCAGGGACUGUGUUGAAAAUGAAGUGUACGAUAUCGAAACUGAUCAAUGGACUCAGUUUACUCACAUACCAAUAGAAUAUGGCCACCUGUACCGCCAUAACGACAUCCACAAUGGAGUAAUUUUCUGCAUUGGAGGAAAUACCCCGGACGCAUUUCUGUACAUGUAUGAUAUAGAGGCUGACAAGUGGGAGGAGGUGGAGCAGGUGGGAUCAAAUGUACAGAAACUUGCUGUACUAGAUGUGGCUUACCCGUAAAUCAAACCGGUUGUCAUGCUAACAAUGAAGUUUUUUCUACAAGACUGUCUUGUACACUAUGCUUGAAAUCUUCAUCUAAAUGACAUUAUCUAAAUUGCCAAUGGUGUAAAAGUCACAAGUUCUGGAGUCCUGAGUGAUUUGGAAUGGCAGUCUUAAUUAGCGUAAGCUUUUUCUUUAAAAACAUGUUUUAUGCACUAAGAUAAUAUCAACGAUAGCAAAUAUAUCUGCCAGACAAUUGCCAUAUACCAUAUUUAUCCUCAAAUAAGCCCCCUCCACUAGUGUAGAAAAUUAAACUUGCAAUUUGGGGAGGGCUUACUUCCGAACCAGGAAAUUAGAAUACAAAAUGCUUAUGUUUGUAUUUUGUAAAAAUAAGCAUUGUAAGACAAGUAAAUUGAUGUCAUAUGAACUGUCUAUAAUUGCCACUCCAGGGAGCCUUUGAUGACAGGUGGCCUUUAUAAUAUAACAGAAGUUUAUUCAAUUAAUUUUGUUACUUUGGCAAUCGAAGCAAAUAACCUUUAUAGACAGGAUUUUGUUUUGUAGAGGUGG